AUGUUUGUUCAAACAACCAAUCAAUCGAAUACCCUCUCCAACUUCAUUCUGACGUGUGCAUUCCCUGCUGGAGCUCCUGUAACCAAUUACCCUCCAUCCCUUUCACAUACAUCAUCUCCAGGAUCUUCCGUAUACGAAGCUUCUACGAAAACGGAAGCAGUGCACAAAUUGGAGUCAUAUCAAUUACAGGCCAGCAGAGAUCCGUGCACAAUUCCCGACGAGCUUCGUGAAGAAAUGAAGAGAAUGAAAAGACAGGAAGGAGCAUUCAAGACAGCUCUAUGUCUUUCUCACAAACGUGGUAAAACAUGCAUUUACGGAGAACAAUGUAAAUUUGCUCACGGUGUUCAUGAGCUCAGGUGUCAACAGGCAAAGAAAAACCAUCGCAACUACAAAACAGUACUUUGCGAUAAAUUCACGACAACUGGAUAUUGCAAGUACGGAAUCAGGUGUCAGUUCAUCCACAGAUCCAUGGACGCAACUAAUGUAACCAGACCAAUAGACACAGCGGAUUUCAAGCUUGACGUUCAAUCGGACCUCUCUCGUGCAUUUGCUCUGGAUUCUUCAAGCUUCUUGCCAAAUUGGCAUUGUUCAGCUCUUCUUAACUAG